UCACAGCUGUCUUUCGUGGCAUCUCCUCUGCAUCUGGUAAAAUUACCACCAAGAUGUCCUGCCAGCAGAACCAGCAGCAGUGCCUGCCCCCUCCCAAGUGCCCCGCCCCCAAAUGCCCCCAGAAGAGCCCAGCACAGUAUCUACCUGCUGCUCCUUCCUGCUCUGCUCCCAGCUCUGGGGGCUGCAGUGGCCUCAGCUCCAGCUCUGAGGGAGGCUGCUGCCUGAGCCACCACAGGCGCCGCAGGUCCCACAGGUGCAGGCUCUGGAGAUCAGACUCCUGUGAUGGCGACAGUGGUCUGCAGUCUGGAGACUUUGGCUGUGGCCACAGCUCUGGGGGCUGCUGUUGACCUGAAAUCUGAUGCUGAGACAAAAGAUUUCAGAGGUUACAAGAAUCCCAAGAACCACGGAACAGUUUCAUCUUGAUGCAUCUUUCCAAUAUGUGCUGCCCUGGCUGUUGAUUUUUCCCAGUAGCUCUUUCUGUCAAAAAUAUCUCACACUAUUGCUGAGGAUUGUAUACUUCACUGUGCCUCACUCUGUCAAGAAAUAAAAACUUGCUAUU